CUAGUGCGACGUCACGCUGAGCGCAAGCGCGGUGGCGCGGCUAGCUUCCGGAACUCUACCCAACAUGGCGUCUGAGCGCAAGACUAAGUUAUCCAAGAAUCUGCUGCGCAUGAAGUUCAUGCAAAGGGGCCUGGACUCGGAAACCAAGAAACAACUGGAGGAGGAGGAAAAGAAGAUGAUCAGCGAUGAGCACUGGUACCUGGAUCUGCCAGAGUUCAAGGAGAAAGAGAGUUUCAUCAUUGAAGAGCAGAGCUUCUCACUAUGUGAAGAUCUUCUCUAUGGAAGGAUGUCGUUCAGAGGAUUUAAUCCUGAAGUUGAGAAGUUAAUGCUUCAGAUGAAUUCUAAGAACAAAGCCGCGGCAGAAGAGGAGGAGACGGUGGAGGUGGAUGUGUCGGAUGAAGAGAUGGCGAGGAGAUAUGAGACUUUGGUGGGAACAAUUGGAAAAAAGUUUGCCAAGAAGAGGGACCGAGCCAAUUACGAAGAAGAUGAAAAUGGAAAUAUAAAACCCAUUAAAACAAAGAAGAUGUUCUUAAAGCCCCAAGAUUAAAAUGGAUGCCUCGGAUACAGCAGAUGCCUGUGAGCGCAGCGGGUUUGAGGUCCUCCCCGUGGCGUCUGUAGUGGUUAAUGCUCCAGUGUUACCUGUAAGGAGUGUGCUGUUGUUGAGACAGAUGUGUAGUGGAUGUUAUACAUCCUUUCAGUGGCAUUCUUCAGGGUCUUCAAGUGUGUGGGCACAUGCCGCUCCUAUUUGACCUGGUUUUGAUCUGUGUGUAUGUACACACCGACAGGACACAUGUGAACAGCUCUCUCUCACUGUCCUGGGAUGACUGUUAUAACCUAAUUAUUGCCAUUGUUUCAACUGCCCUUAUAUUUAUAGUUUACUUUUUUAAUUAUGUCAAGCCAAUUCAUCCAUUCACUUUGGAGUCAAAUAUUUGAGAACUUUCUAGAAGUGAUUGACCAGGAGCAGACAUGUCUCUCUAACCUGGAAUGUCUAUAUGCUGCUGGGUCUUUCUCGUCUGCAGAGGUGUGGUUUUUGAUUAUUUAAAGCAGUCAAUUGGGUCGUUUUUCUAACAUUCUGUAAUAAACAUCUGUUUUUGUA